UUGUUUCUGUUUAUGAUUAAAUUAUUUUUCAAUAUCGAAUAAAAAAAUACAUAAAUAUUCUAAAGUUAAUGGACUGAAAGCUUUCCCACAACUACAAAUCUCUCUGAUCACCACCUCCUCUUUACUUCCAAGUCUUCCUACAUAAAUGACUAGUCUGUUAUCUUCUCCAACAAAUAAUUCACUUCCUUUCCUUCCCUUCCCUUCACAUCUUUCCCUUUUUUACUCUUUUCUUAAAGCAUUGUUUUAUGCUGCGGUUCAGUCCUCCCCUCAUCUUACUUACCUUCAAAAAUACUUUUUCAAAAACAAACAAAAUAAAUUGCACAACUCCCCUUUCUUUUCUACCAUUUCAGUUUUCUUUUGUUGUGCAUGUUUUCUCAUCAUUUGGCUUCAAAUUUGAAGAUUGUGGUUAUGAUCUCUUCAUUCUUCUUCUAGUGAAAUUGCAAAUUCCAGAGGCCCCAAUUGCCCACCCUUCUAUAUUGGGAUCAAUAUGCCUUUUGGAUUAGUUUCAGCUUGGAGGAAGAGAAGCAGCAAAUUACAGGAAAUCAAAGAUCAAUGGACAUAUAAGCCUCUAGAAGAGUGGAACCUGAAAGAUCAGAGCUUGAGCUUUGGAAGGAGAAAGUGCUCAGUGGCUUUCACUCUGAAGGAAAUGGAAGAAGCAACGAAUUCUUUCAGUGAGAGGAAUUUGAUCGGUAAAGGUGGAUUCGGUCGUGUUUAUAAAGGAAUUCUGGCAAAUGGGCAGAUUGUUGCAAUCAAGAAGAUGGGUCUGCCAGCAUCGAAACAGGCCGACGGAGAGCGAGAAUUCCGCUUCGAAGUCGACCUUAUGAGCAGAUUGGACCACACAAAUCUGGUCGCACUUAUCGGCUAUUGCGCUGAUGGCAAUGCUAGGAUUUUGGUAUAUGAAUACAUGUCUAGAGGAAACCUACAAGAUGUUCUAAAUGGGCUCAGUGAUUUAAAAUUAGACUGGCCUCUUAGAUUAAGUGUAGCGCUGGGAGCAGCUAGAGGCCUUGCUUAUCUUCAUUCAAAUUCUGAAGUUGGAAUUCCAAUUGUUCAUAGAGAUUUCAAGUCCACUAAUAUUCUCCUAAGUGAUACCUUGAAGGCAAAGAUUUGUGAUUUUGGCCUUGCAAAACUAAUGCCAGAAGAUGAGGGUAUACAUGCAACUACCAGAAUGUUUGGAACUUUUGGCUACUUUGAUCCCGAGUAUGCAUCGACAGGAAAGCUCACAUUGCAGAGCGAUGUAUAUGCCUUCGGCGUUGUUCUCCUCGAGCUCUUGACCGGACGCCAAGCUUUAGAGUUGAGCCAGGGCACAGCAGAUCAGAAUCUCAUACUCCAGUUCAGAAAUAUAGUUAAUGUAAGGAAGAAGCUGAGGAAAAUGAUUGAUCCCGAAAUACCUCGCCAGUCGUACACUAUGGAGAACAUCUCGAAGUUUGCAGAUUUAGCCUCGCGCUGUGUCCGUAUUGAGAGCAGCGCACGCCCAACAAUGGAGGAGUGUGUAAAGCUACUCCAACUCAUACGGUUACAUUUUUUGCUCCCAAGGUGGAAGUUUGUGUUGGAAAGUUCCGGUUGCCUGAAAGCAUUGUUUGAUUGCACAAAAUGAAUGUGAAACAUCUCCCAGAUGACUGCAAUUAUUUAUUUAUUUACUUUUAAUUAUUUCUAUCAAUUGUCAGUCAAGGCGUUAUCCAAAUUCAUAAAAACAACCGGUGCGUCUUGAAAUUUUUUCAUUAUUCAGAUUACAAAAAUAUAUGAAGGUCCGUGAAUUGCCAGUAAAUACAGAAAUCCAUCAAAAACAGUAAAAAAAGGAUGUAUACCUGCUCCUAGAAUGUUCAAAUUUUAGAUUGAAGCAAAAAAAUUAAAAAAAAAACGUUUAAAAUAUUGCAAUGAAAAGUUUAUGUACGAUAUGGUCAGAUUAAAAGGAUAAUGGGAAACUUGCUUACCUAGCACAUAAUUCUGAUGUAUUUACAUAUCUCACAUCUAAAUUUUCAUAUUUACAUAAACAGCACUAUGGUGCUUUAAACCUAUGCAUCAAAAGGUGUAAUUUCACUUUGAUAAUAUUGCUAUUUUCUGAUGUGAUGGAAAAGAUUUGAGUGUUAUGUGUGUAAAUAUGAUAUUUUAAGCCUGAG